AUGACUGAGAUCGAACAGCCAUCUCAUGCCAAAGAAAUGGAUCAACCUCAAGGACCUUCAAAUGAAGGCAUGUUAUUGAAAACCGUUGCACCCGACGCUGGAGUGGAUACUGAUCAAAUGAUUCAGUGGAUUUUGGAUAUUCGGGAUCGUGAUCGACGAGAGACGGCGUUGUUAGAGUUGAGGUAUGUCUAUCAACUUAUUUUUUUUUAUUUUUAGGGCUUACUCUUGAUUUGUCUUGUCUGACGUGCCUGAUGUUAAUGAAUGUUAUUCUUGGUUAGUUGUAGCUUGCAAAAAAUACUUUUAGUUCUUACUUUUUUGUAAUAUAAAAGUUUAACGACGAAUUUAAUUGAUAUAGUAUUACACUUUUGUUAUUUAAUCUCUUUAUUGUUUCAGUAAAAAGCGUGAGGCAAUUCCUGAGCUUCCAGUAUGGCUGUGGCAAUCGUACGGAACUAUGACAUGUCUUCUGCAGGAAGUUAUUAGUGUAUAUAGUGCAAUUGUACCACCAUUGUUGAGUGCUACUCAAUCGAAUCGGGUUUGCAAUGCCUUGGCGUUGAUGCAGUGUGUUGCGGCUCAUGCAGACACUAGAAAAUUGUUUUUGGAAGGUGGGUGAUAUUUUUUUGCAAAAUAUUUAAAUUUUUUUUGUACAUUUAGAUGUCGAAAAGUUGUUAAAUAUAGGGUUUAGAGUUUGUUUUUUAGCCAAGAUUCCACUAUUUUUGUACCCAUUUUUACACACGACUAAGAACUCACGCCCAUUUGAAUAUCUACGUCUUACGUCUCUUGGUGUAAUUGGAGCGAUGGUGAAGACGGACGAGAAGGACGUGAUCAAAUUUUUAUUGUCUACUGAAAUAAUUCCGUUGUGCUUACGGAUUAUGGAACAGGGAACCGAAUUGUCAAGAACCGUUUCUACUUUUAUUUUGCAAAAAAUUUUACUCGAUGAUAUGGGAUUGGAUUAUGUUUGUCAAACAUACGAAAGAUUCUCUCAUGUGGCUAUUGUUCUGGUAAGAAAUUUGGUUUUUUUUUGUUUUUAGGGUAUGAAUCUUUCUACGUUUGAAGUGUUUAGAAGGUUGAUUAUUGUAAAGAUGGUGAAAUUUGCUUUGCCAAAAAAUUAUUUUACUUCUCGACAAGGUUUUUAGUUAUUGGUUAAAUUUUAAUGAAACUGGAGCUUUGUUCGUCUGAAUACAAUAUAUUUUUAUGAUUAUUUACUUUUAUUUGAAUUAAUUAACAUUUUUUAGGGAAAGGUUGUAAUCCAUUUGACAAACGAACGUUCUGCCCGUCUAUUCAAGCACGUUGUGAGAUGCUACGCUCGUUUGUCGGAUAAUAAUCGGGCUGUUCAAGCGCUUGCUCAAUGUUUGCCAGAACAACUCCGCGACGACACGUUUCGUGAAUUCUUAGAUCAGGACCGGAGCACCGAACAUUUUUGCCGAACUCUGCAUGAAAACAUCUAUAAGGGAUGCAAAGCAAGGCCGGAUUCGACCGGACGUGGAAUGACGGCUCAAGCUUUUAACCGAGACCCGUCACGUGACGCUAUUUCACGUAAAGUUCAAGAAGCUCGUGAGUCUCAUGCUCGACUUCAGCAUCAGGAGAAUCUUUUCGAUUCUUAA